CAGCUAAGUUUUAGCUUCUGCUCCAGCGAUUGAACUAGAUGGAUCGAAGGCAGCACGAUUACGCUGCAUCUUCUGGAUUGCCUUAUGCUCAGCAGCAACAAGUCCCUAACUUCCAACAACAACAACAGCAACAACAAUUCGGAUUCCAUCCUCAACAUCAACAAUAUCCACCACCAAUGAACACUUCCAAUUUCAUGCCACCUCAUCCUCCUCCUAUGCAUCAGCAGUUCCCUUACCAGCAUCCUAUGCAGCAGCACCCUCCUCCUCACCCACAGAUGUUUAAUCAACAACACCCUCCACAUCAUCACCACCUCCCUCCUCAAUUCCCUGGACCUUAUGACUCAGCUCCUCCUCCUCCACCUCCUCCACCUCCAGCUGACCCUGAGCUGCAGAAACGUAUCGAUAAGCUAGUUGAGUAUUCAGUCAAGAACGGUCCGGAAUUCGAAGCUAUGAUGCGUGAUAGACAGAAAGAUAACCCUGAGUACGCGUUUCUCUUUGGUGGUGAAGGGUAUGAUUAUUACCGUUACAAGCAGUUUAUCUCUAUGCGUCCACCUGGUGGUCCUUUUGAUCCUAUGCCUAUGAUACAUCACCCGCCGAAUCCAAUGAUGAGUCCUCCUGGUGCCUUGGGAGUUCCGCCGAUUCGGCAACCUUCUUUCCCACCGUUUCAUGACCACCAGCAGAUGCAACAUCAUCUUCCGCAGCCUCAUCCGUUUGCGCCGCUGCCGCAUCCUCAUGCUCGUCCUGAGUUUGAUAGUCAGUCAACUCAUGCUUUUAGAGGUCUUUCUGGUCCGCUUCCUGCUGAUGUUGCUGUGGAGCUGAAUAGUGUGUUGGCUAAUCUUAAUGGGACUAAAGAUUCUAUCAAGAGUGGUAAGAUUUGGUUUAUGCAGAGAUCUCCGUUUGCUCCGGCUUUGGCUGAGGCGCUUAGAGAUAGGGUCUUUGGGACGGAUGAUUCUGAGAAGCAGAUGCAUAUAGUUUAUCUCGCUAAUGACAUUCUCUUUGACAGCUUGCAAAGGAGGACAAACUUGCACGAGUUUGACAACGAAGCCCUUGCUUUCAGACCUGUUUUGGGUUCCAUGCUGGGGAAGAUUUACCACUGUCCACAUAACAAGGAAGCAAACCAGUCACGUCUGGAGAAUCUGUUGCAGUUCUGGGCUUCUAAGGAGGUUUUUGAUCAAGAUACCAUCUCCUCCCUUGAGAAAGAGAUGAAAAGUGGACCACCUCCAAAUUCCUUUUCUCGUUCACCCAUUAUAGCAGCAAACUCAUUGCAGCAUCCAGGAAUGCUGCAACAGCCACAAAGUAAUGUUCCUAGCACAAUGAACUUAGAGCAUCUAGCUAGUAAUCCAGUAGCAGCCCAACAGAUUCAUCCUGGUGCCUUUCCGGGUUCCAUACCGCUUAACUCCUCUGUUCCACCUUCAACACAACCACCUGCUGGUGAGAAGCCGGCUCCUUAUCCUCUUUUUCCUCCUGGUCUGAUCCCUGGGAUGGUCAGGAAGAUGCAGGUCGGAAGUGGUGUUCCUUACUCCCCACUCAGCCCUCUUGAUAUCCCGACCAUCAUACCACCCUCUGUUACACCUCAAUCUCAAGUACUUGAGAGAGUGUCAAAGUUCUUCAAAGAGAUAGGUGAGGUGAACCCAAGUGAAGGCCCCAUGGGAUCUGAAUCACAAGACGACUAUGACGAUUACGAGCGGGAUAGUCCAGUGCGCAAAGGAGGUGCAUGCAUUCCUCCACCUGCUAAUCUACAGGUGGACCCUGAGACAGGAACGUAUGCGGAUGGAAGCACGGAUAAAAAGAGCACGUCCGGGAGAUUGGGACUUGGAGCAACAGCUGAUCCCAACGAACCAACUCAGUAUGAUGAUGUUUAUACAUCUUACAGGAAACACAGAAGUACGAAUUAUCACACAACCAUGAGUGCAAGAUCUACAGCCAGAUGAUCUCAUCUUUGAAUGGUUACUCCAUACUUCAGUCUGUUUAGAGUAUCGAAAUUAAAUCUUGUCUUCUUGUUACUGUGACAAAAAUGUGAUAUUCUCAGCUUUGGAAAAGACUUAUCAACACAUCCAUUUAUAUUCCGUUCAUGUUUUUUUGCACUAAACCAGACUUGUUGAUAACACAUUUCAUCCUUUUAAUGAAACGAC